AUGCCACCGUUCCAGAUCCGCCCCUGCACCCUCGCAGACGGGCCUUCCCUGGCCCGCAACAACAUGUCCGCCUUCUGGACGGACCCGAACUGGAUCCUGCUGUGGCCCAAACACAUCACCCUCGACUUCCUCAUCGAGCAGGCGGCUAAGCGGCUGCCGAACAACCUCCUCCGCGACCGCGGGGCCCUGCGCCACGAGGUCGCCGUCGACCCCGCCACCGGCGCGCUGCUCGGCUACGCCCGCUGGGAGCUCCCCGCCGCCAAGACAUCGACCUCGGGCCCGGACGGCAGCGGCCGGCCCGAGUGGGCCGCGGCGCAGAUCCCGGACGUUGGCGCGGAGGAGAGGAAGGCGCUGAAGGAGAGGGCGGACGGGGCGUGGUGGGAGCCGAUUGACAUGGAAGGCAUCGACGAUGAGAGCGACAAGGUUAAGGAGCGCAUACUGGCGGAGAAGCCUUGCUUAAGUCUCGACUACCUCGCUGUGCACCCCGAAAACAAGGGCAAGGGUAUUGCUACAGCGUUAGUCGAAAGCGGUAUCAGGCAGGCUGAGAAAAUGGGGAUUGAUGUCUUCAUCCUUGCCUUCCAGGCGGGUUUGAAUCUGUACCUAAGACUGGGCUUCAAAGAGGUCGAGCGCGUCGUUCAAGAUGACUCCAAAUGGGGUGGUAAGGGUGAGUAUACAGUGUAUCUGCUUACCUACGAAGUCAACAAGGGCAGUAGUUGA